AUGCGGCCACCAGCUCUGCCAGUAUCAAGUCUGCGUACUUGGGCGAAAUUUAAUGGUAUAGAAUUUGAAGAUAUAUCUGUUGAGAAAAAUAAAGAAUAUGGAGGCUACGGCAUCGUCUCGACCACCACAAUCGAUUCAGCCCCGGACCAAGAGGGCAACCUAACCGUGUUGAAUGUCCCCAAAGAUCUUAUACUGAGCGCCGAGACCAUUGCAGAGCACGCAAAGGUUGAUAAGCAUUUCGGACAGAUUCUGGAAGCUGUUGGUGGAAGUACCUUACGUGGAGAUGUAAUGCUAUUCUUGUUGAUGCAAGUUACAAGAGCUUCAUCAGAUCCAAGUAUUAAAUUCAGUGUUUCGGGUCCGUGGACUGAGUAUGUCAAAAUGCUGCCGGAAUACAUUUCUCUGCCGACAGCAUGGCAUGAUGACCAAAUAAACCUCCUUAACGGAACGUCUCUAGAGAAAGCUGUUGCAGCAAAAGUUUCAGCAUUAGUACGGGAAUUUGAGACCCUCCGAGAAAAUACGACAGAGAUCCCCUGGUGCCACAACGCUUGGUGGGAGAAGGAGCAUCUUGAAUUCAAAGAUUGGAUUCUGAUUGAUUCCUGGUAUCGAUCACGCUCUCUAGAGUUACCUCUUUCUGGGGAGGCUAUGGUGCCAUUUCUAGACAUGGCAAAUCAUUCAGCAAACGCAAAUUCGCACUACCAGCAAGGGAUUGAUGACGAAGUGCUCUUGCAAGUCAAGCCCGGACAGCACAUUGAAAAAGGGGACGAAUUAACUAUUGACUACGGCUCUGCCAAGAGUGCUGCCGAGAUGCUGUUUAGCUAUGGGUUUAUAGACGACUUGUCUUCUGUGCAUAGCCUUGUUCUUCAUAUUUCACCUUCUCCGGAUGAUCCCUUUGGCAAAGCUAAGGUUAAGAUUCAUGGCAAGCUCCCUACGCUUCAUAUCUCGGCGACCGAUGACUCUCUGGAGCUGACGUGCCCAUUCAUCUAUCUUAUGUGUGUCAACGAAGAUGAUGGGUUGGAUUUUAAGGUAUUGCUGGAGACUGAUGGUACAUAUGGACAGAUGCGGGCAUUUUGGAAGUCUAGGGAUAUUACCGAUUCCAUUGGCAGCUUCAAGGACAUUGUUACUGCUGAUCCUCUCGCCGAUGUGUUUCUCUUACGAGCAAAGGUCCUCUUGAGAUAUAUAGUGGAUGAGCAGUUGGAACGACUGAGUGAGAGCGAACAUACGGCGAAUGAGCUCGAUCCCAACCAGGAGAGCUUAUCAGCGGGUGACAAAGGGAUUCCGGAAGCUGCAUCAAAGCUCCGCGUGAUCGAGGCAGGACUUCUCAGCAAGAGCUUGGAAUUAUUAGAGGCAGAGAUCAACACACUAUCGUCAAGUCCUAUAGUGCGUGGAUAUUUAGGCAGUUCAGAGGCACAGGACGCACCAGGGGCCGGAGAUAACGACGAGAGCGAAGAUUUUAGCUGA